GAUAUGCAGUUAGAAUGAAAUCUGGAACUACGCUCUGGUUGCCAUAGUAGCAGCAUGGGGAGAUGAAGAUGUGGAACCAGUUGGUGAUAUGUCUUGUUGUCAUAGCAACCGUGGCCGACACCAAAUGUCUUGAUGAACCUGAUGUCUUACCAAAACGGAAAAUUAUGUGGAACAGCCUUAAUGGUGGGAAAAAAGAACUCCCCCUGGUGCUUGAAAAUAGUUCUCGGCUAUCCCACCAGCUGACGAAUGCUAUACUGAAAAUCCUGUUAGAGGAGAAGCUAGGUUACAACAAAGUUGAGUUUAACAACACCGGUCAUCAGUCCAAUGUCAGUGAAGUCCUGACACGUGUUGCUGGCUGCUUGGGGAACAGUUGUCCUCUCCUAGAUGAUAACAAGGUUGUUGUCAACAUGGAAACUUGGGUUCCUCCAGGAUACACAAUUGCCAGCAUUGACAAUUCAAUGAUUAGAGCUAGGGUGACUGAUGCUGGGCCACUUGGACCAUUUGGAAGAUUUGGUUGGUAUAUCCCGAAUUCCUUCGUUGACCAACAAUGGAAAGAUCAUGAAUUAAUUGUUGACCACUGGAGGGUGCUGCAGGUUGGUCGCAUCACGGACAAACUCUCGCUGAAGAAUAAUGACAUCAGAGAAGUGCUUCUCUCAAAGAUGAAGCGCCCUGGGAUACAUCGACAGCAGCCCUACUAUUGUGAUAGCCCAAAAUGUAUAGAUGGAAUGUUAGUUGCAGAUAGGUGCCAUAGAUCUAGACCAGAACACAAUUGUGCAACAUUGCUCAGCAGUUAUACAGAUCUUGACUCAGGUCAGCUAGAAGCUACAAUCAAGAACCACGACUUAAAGGUGAACAUAGCCUGGCUUGGUGAGCAGCUAGAGAGCUUUGUGACUCAGUGUGCAGAAGAGAACAUCCCGACUCUCUUCUAUAACUGGGAGCCCAACGUCUUAACAAAUGGUGAUGAGUUCACCCGUAUUAAAUUCGACCAAAGAGAUUUUGAGAAAUACCAAAUGCGGAAAAUGAUUUGGAAGGAGUUGGCGAAUGCUCCUGGUGGGAAACCUGCUCAUGAUCUCUUCCAAUCAGUUCACUUCACGACGUCUCAGUAUAACGAUUUGUUGAGUAGUGUUAAAAGUUUACACCCAGAUAUCAAUGAGCUAGCCUGUGAUUGGAUAAAAACACAUCAGCCAGUAUGGGAGCCAUGGAUGCCUUCUGAGGAAACUUUAUCAGAAGGGAGUAAACUCUACAUAGGGGGUAUUUUUACACAGGCUUCAAGAGCAUUUAGUGACCCUGCAUCUGUAUAUGGAGCCACGAUGGCUAUAAAAGACAUCAAUGCUAAUCCCGACAUAUUGAAAGGUUAUACACUGGAGUUGCUAGUAGAAAAUAGUUCCUUUGAUAAGAAAACUGCACUGGAGAAAUUCAUUGGCUAUAUAUACACGAAGAAUCCUGAGAAAAAAGUUGUUGGAAUCAUGGGGCCGGGACUAAGAGAAACCAAAGAGCUGGUACAGGUGGCAAACCUCUUCAGUACAAUUAUAAUCAACUAUAGUGAGUUUGAGGAAUAUGAUGACAAACAUUAUCCAUUUUUCUUCAAUGCUAAACCUUCAGAGCGACAGAUAAGCCAGCUGUAUGUUGAGAUGUUCCACCAAUUAGGCUGGAGCAGGGUAGGUCUGCUAAUCUCUGAUGGUUAUGAUGGUCCUGAGGAGGUUCUGCAGGACAACAGUAUAGAUGUGAUCACCAGUAUAAAAGUUGCUGAUGCUGAUAUCAUAGACAAUGCAACUGCACAAAAGUACCUUCAGCAGCUUAAACUCCUGGGAGUGACAAUUAUCGUAGUUCAUGCUGAGGAAUAUUCAACUGCAGUCAUUAUGAAAGAAGCUUUCCAUCAGAAAAUGACAGCAGAAUAUGGUUAUGUUUGGUUCCUGCCUUACACGCCCCACUGGUCUAUGAGAAACUUUGAAUUUGAAAUGGACAUUGAGGUAGUGAAAGCAACACUGGGGGCCAUGAGCUUAGACAUGCAGUUCCUGGAUAAACCUGAUACGCAAGUUAUAGGUGACCAUACUGUUGAACAAUGGAAGCAGAGUUAUAUGAAGACCAUAAAACAAGAGGUUGGCCAGAAUGCCUACCCCAGUCCAUUGGCACCUUACACGUAUGAAUCUGCCUGGGUGUUUGCCUUGGCCCUUGAUAGACUCAACAAGGAGAUUGAUAGGGGAAUUGAAGAGCUUUUUGGAGAGAAAAAAAGCAACACUUUUAAAAAUUUUACUGAGUUCGUGAGUGAAAUCAGAUUCCAAGGUUUGGCGGGGGAGUUUUCUUUCCAAAACAACAGGCGACCAGGGGUGAUCAAUCUCUUUCAAUACCAGAUGGAUUCCUCACAGUUAAUCAAUUCAAGCCAUUUGGAACUCGUGGGUCAAUAUAAGUCAUACACUGGUGCCUCGGAACGCCUCAACUUGACUAAAGUGGUCUGGUAUGAUGGCGGACAGAUUCCAAGUGAUAUUGGAGAUUUAGAGCACAGUAAUUCUACAGAAUUGGGUCCACUGGAAUACUGUCAUGUAGAAGCAUUACGAGCUGCCUUAGGUAUUACAUGUAAUGAAGCGAAAACUGUUGCGAAUAUAAUGGGUGCUGUUGGAUUCAUUCUGAUCGUUAUGAUAGCAUUGGUGGUUAUAAAAAAGAGAUAUGACAGAAAAAUGAAGCGAACGAGGGCUAGAAUGCAAGAGCUCGGUCUGAUGUCAGACUUUACUUGGCUCUCAUUGGAUGAGUGGGAGAUGGCUCGUGACCAGGUGGUGCUAAAUCGUAAAUUAGGGGAGGGGGCAUUUGGCACAGUGUAUGGAGGGAAGUGCUGUAUUAAUAAUGAAUGGCAGGCUGUUGCAGUGAAAACAUUAAAAAUUGGCUCAACUGUAGAAGAAAAGCUGGACUUUUUAAGUGAGGCCAAUAUUAUGAAAAGAUUUAAUCAUGAGAAUAUUGUAAAACUACGAGGUGUUUGCACUAGAGGGGAGCCUGCAUACGCCAUAAUGGAGUUCAUGUUGUUUGGUGAUCUUAAGAGUUAUCUGUCAGCUAGGCGGGACCUAGUGGGUAGCAAGAGUAAGGAGAGUCAUGACGUGUCAGCUCUUAGUCUCACUCGUAUGGCACUAGAUGUCGCUAGAGGCUUGAAGUAUCUCUCCGAUCUCAAUUAUGUACAUAGGGACAUUGCAUGUAGGAAUAUGCUGUUGAACAGUGAAAAAGUGGUUAAGAUUGGAGACUUUGGUCUGACACGUUCUAUGUAUGACUCUGACUACUACCGUUGCAAUAGGAAAGGGCGAUUUCCAGUCAGAUGGUGGGCUCCUGAGAGUCUAUCAGAGGGUAAAUUCACCUCAAAAGCAGACAUGUGGAGCUAUGGAAUUCUCCUGUAUGAAAUCUCAACAUUUGGCAGUUUUCCCUACCAGGGACUCUCCAAUAAUCAGGUGCUGAAAUAUGUCACAAGUGGAUUCACAUUGUGGCUGCCAAAAGAUAUAAAUAGUAAAUUGCGAACACUGUUAAUGCAGUGCUGGUUAAAAGAUCCAGAGAAACGGCCAACUUGUGAUCAAAUAAUCAAUGUAAUACAUCAUAAUAGUAAGUUGAUAGUGCCAUGCUUGGAUGCCCCCAUGGCGUCAGUGGCAUUAGAGACAAAUGGGGAAACUGGAUCUGACUCUUUAGAGCUCCCAGUCAGUAUCCAAGCCUCUCAAAAUCACAAACUACUACGUAGUGUCAGUGAACCAUCAAAAGACCCGGUGCACCCAGAAUGCCAAAGACUCAUGGAUGAGAUGGCUGAUGAUACUGUAUCAGGCUCUAGUAUUCAUCUUGAUGAUCUCACAACCCCUUAGAAAAAAAUCAUCAUCCAAAUUUUCAUGAACCUAAUAAUCGAAGGAGUAACAAACGGAUGUCAAAAUCUAAGCAAAGGAAUGCGAUAUCUCAAGAUGGGGAAUACCCUGUACUUUAUCGAGGGAAUGGUACCACAAGUAGUUAUGAGAGAGAUAGUCCAAGUUCUCCGAGACUAACCCCAACCAAACUGCAAUUUAUGCUCUCUCACGAUGAGAAGGAUAGUGAUUAUAGUAGUGACCAUUCCAAGGAAACUAGAAGGAAUUACCAAGACAACUGUGUUAGCCAUGUAUGACACACAGGAAGAAAUUACCCAAUCACUUCUGUUAGCCAUGACACAGGAGGAAAUUACCCAGUCA